AUCUGGAUAGGUUUGCAACUUGACUCUUUUCAUAUUUUGUCAUUUAUUUCACAACUACUUUAUCUUUCCAACAACCUAUAGAUGAGAUUAUCUUCGUUCCUUCUCUGUGCCUCUCAACCGAUGCUCACUCUUUUCUCACUGGCUCUGCUGGUUCCCAUCCCGGGGGCACACGGGCACCCCUACUUCCCCCUUGCCAUCCUGCCCACAUUGGAGAACCCUGAGUGGGAGGCUGACUUACUCCAGCUCCAGGCCUACCUCGAUGUCCCAGGGGCUGUAGCUGCAGCGGGUCUCCGCUCUUGGGGGCAGCUGCUGGAGCCGGGACCAGAGGACCCACGCCUGGGCCUGCUCAGCGAGCUGGUAGAAGAGAACGGCUGGGGACAGAAGGGCUUGAUGAGGGGCCAGAGGGGGGAUCUGGAGAAUAGGCCGCUGGGUCCCUUCCCCGGUCACCCUAUCGACACUCUGCACUACCAAGAGGGGGGAGAAGAGGGAGGAGAGGGGGGAGGAAAGAGGAACGAAGCUCUCACAUCCAUCGCCGGCGGGCUUCAGGCUUUCAACAGAGAGAAGGGAGGCUUUGGGUUCCGCUUCGGAAGGAAGUAA